AUGUUCAAGUAUUUAUAUUUUGUUUUGUUCAUUUUACUUCAAUUAGCUAUAAAUUGUCAAACGAAAUCAUUUAAACCAUCGCAUAGAUAUCUGCAUACCACUACACUUAUUGAUAAUAAAUUAUAUAUUUUGGGCGGGCACCAAAAUUUUAACUCUACUAUAAAUGCUGGCAAAGAGUUUUUUUAUCUCGAUGUAUCCAUUUCAUUCGAUACUCAAAAUUUAUUAUGGUAUGAUUUAACAAACAUUAAUAUCAUCCCAACACAUGCUUUUGCAACGACAGUUAGAGGGGCAAAUAAUGAUACAUUAAUUGUAUAUGGAGGAAGAAAUUUAACAAAUGCGGAAACCAUGGCCCAAAUUUAUGUGUUCGAUUCGCAGAGUAAUUCGUGGUAUAUUCCAUCGACAACGGGAGUAAACUAUGUCAAAAGGAGAGGACUAACCGCUAAGAUUGAUAAUAAUGGGAAGAUAUACUUAUUUGGUGGAUGGAUAAUAGGUAGUAACUAUGUGAAUGAAAUGCUCAUUUUAGAUACUAUUAAUUUAACAUGGAGAGAAGGGAGUUCUCAAGACGCACCCGUUCCAAGAAUAAAUUAUGGAGCGGUACUUUUGCCUAAUCAAAAUAUUAUUUACUUGGGUGGGAUGAUGCAUGCUAAUAGAAUUUCACCAUUAAAUGAGGUUUAUUCAUAUGAUACUAUUCAUGAUAAAUGGAGCACAAUAGUAAGUCAAAAUACCUUUUCAUUAUCACAAACACCAUUUUUAAUAAGAAUUUUGUUAACAUGCGAUAAUUAUUUUAUUCAACUAAAGAAAACUUCAGGAUCAAUACCUUCUGAUAGAUUUGGUUUUUCUGCUGUUCUUGGAUUGGAUAAUCAACGGAUUAUAAUAUUUGGAGGAAAUGAAACAAGUGAGAUCAGUUCACUUUAUUCAUUAGACGUAAACGAAUUUAAGUGGUAUGUACCAAAGGUUUAUGGAAUUCUCCCAACAUCUCGAUAUUAUGUUGAACAUGAUAUAUUAUUGCUCGAUAUAAGUAAUGACGAUGAAUAUAAAUGGACAACAGAAUUUAAUCCUUCAUAUUUGUCAUCACCUCCGACACCGAUGCGUAAAUCUACGAACAUACCAACUUUGGUCGGUACAAUUAUCGCAUCUUUAUCUGGCGGUAGUUUUUUCACAAUUGGAAUGCUUUAUCUAUACAGAUGGAUUGAGAAUAGACGAAGAAACAAGGUUGCAGUAUUAGAAGUCCCUGGAAGUUACGUACGUGAAUAA